GUAGGGAGUACACUCUUGAAACUGAAAAGAAAACUAUUAAAAUCUCAAAUUUGAGGAAAAGUACUUUUAAAAUAACUAAUUCUGAAUGAAUUUGGUAAUGAAUUCCAAACUUAAAAAAUUAUUUUCUUUUUAAUUGUAUCUAAUAAGCCUUAUGUGAUGGGAACAAUGAAUAAUUUUAUUAAAAUGAAUAAAAAGUACUUACUGUGGUUUGCUCAGGAGCAUAUAGAGUUUAGGCGAGAAGAAAUUAUGUCCCUCGUGUCACUAUUUAAUAUUAAGAUGAAUUUUGUGGAGGAGCCUACGCUAGAGCAACCUUUCUGGGUUGUAGAAUUCUUAAAUGAGGAUGAUGUACAUUUAUUAGCUAACAGAUCUGUAUCCUUGAGAUCGUGUAUUGAAUUAUUGACUUUUGCAAAGAGUGUUAAAGGUUUACAUGAGAAUUUGAAGACCUUUUCUACAGAUUAUGUAAAACUGCUUUUUGAUGACAAUAAGAGUUUUAAAAUUGAAGUAGAGACAUUUGGUAAACAUUUUACACAUUCUGAAAAAGUAAAUAAAUUGCAGGCAUUUGAUUAUUUACCAUACAAAGGAAAGGUAAAAUUAAAGGAUCCUGAUACUUUAUUUUAUUACAUUGAAUAUUAUGGAACAGAUCCAACAUGUCCACCUAAAGAACCUUAUGAUGUAUAUUUUGGGCGGUGGAUUAUAAAUGGUUUAAGGCAAUUAGUUAAAAAAUUUUCACUGAAAACUAGAAAAUUUAUAGGCAACACUACAAUGGAUCCUCAGUUGUCCUUUUUAAUGGCAAAUCAAGCUAAAGUUAAGAAAGGUGACUUAAUACUGGAUCCUUUUGUGGGAACUGGUUCCUUACUUAUUUCAGCAGCUUACUUCGGGGGCUACAUACUGGGAACUGAUAUUGAUUAUCUUAUGUUACAUGGAAAAACAAGACCAAGUAGAAUUUCACAAAAAGUGAGAGAAAAAGACGAAAGUAUUAAGGCUAAUAUGGUACAAUAUAAUUUGGAAAGUCAAUAUUUGGACGUUAUGGUUAGUGAUUUCGCAGCGUGGUAUUGGAAGGACAGUUUGAAAUUUGAUGCGAUUCUUACUGAUCCCCCUUAUGGAAUCCGAGAAGCCACAGAAAAAAUUGGUAUACACAAAGAGGCUUACACUAUAAGUGAAGAGCACCUUGCAACACACAUACCAGCAAAAAUUGAGUAUGGAAUAUCACAAAUGUAUUUUGACUUACUUAAAUUUUCAUGCAAACACUUAAAAAUAGGAGGACGACUAGUUUGUUGGUUCCCUGUUUUCAGGGAAGAUUAUACAGUGGAAUCACUGCCUUCAAGCAACUGCUUAAAAUUAGUGGCUAAUAGUGAACAAAUCCUAAGUAAAUACACUUCAAGAAGACUUUUAACAUAUGAAAAAAUUAAAGAACCUGGAGAAGUCGACCUUGACAAUGAAAUUACAAUAGCAGAUUUUAGGGAAAAGUACUUUAUGCUAAGAGAAGAAACCAGAAAAGAGAAAAGAAUUAAAAAAGCUCAAGAAAAAUAUGAAAAUUAUCAACAAUAUUUACAAAAAAAGGAGAACAAAUAG